AUGGUUCAUGCUGUGAAAAGAUAUUGUUUUUGCCAAAGAUGCUGUCUCCGAAGAACUCAGUGCAUGGUAGCUCAAAUGGACAAGGCGCUGGAAGAACGAGACCCAAAAAUGAGAAGAGGACCUCGACAGACUUUUUCAUUCAAAUGCUUCCAUAUUCGCAUAAAACUUCGGUCGAGGAGGAAAAACAGCCGCACAGGUGAACCAAAGUUUGAGUUGAAAAACAUCUUCAGAAACAAUCGAGAAGCACAGGCCUGA